GGUCAGAUCAUGUUUUAGAUUUCAUCUUUUCUAGAGAUCAUUUCUGCAGUGGUUUUGUGAGACAAGCUAUAAUCUCUAGUCAGUCUACAAACUUUGUCUUGUUCCAAGGGCCAGGAUUCUUUGUCAUGUGACAGUAACCUCAUUGUGUUUGAGUUUUGGAUGACAUUGACUGAGUGAAUGAUUUAAUUUGUCACAGAUUUUAAUUUGGUUGAAACAUGGAGGCGAUAUGGCUUUAUCAGUUUCGACUGAUCGUCAUUGGAGAUUCCACGGUUGGCAAGUCAUGUCUCAUCCGGAGGUUCACAGAGGGCCGUUUCGCCCAGGUGUCAGACCCAACCGUCGGGGUGGACUUCUUCUCCCGUCUAGUGGAGAUUGAACCGGGCAAAAGGAUUAAGUUACAGAUCUGGGACACUGCAGGACAGGAGAGAUUCAGGUCUAUCACCAGAGCUUACUACCGUAACUCUGUGGGCGGCCUCUUACUGUUCGACAUCACAAACCGUCGUUCCUUCCAGAACGUGCAUAACUGGCUGGAAGAAGCCCAGAGCCACGUCCAGCCGCACAGCAUCAUCUUCCUGCUGGUGGGUCACAAGUGCGACCUGGAGGCCCAGCGUCAGGUGAUGCAGCAGGAGGCAGAGAAGCUGGCAGGGACCUUUGGGAUGCGCUAUGUGGAGACAUCGGCACGCGACGCUAUUAAUGUGGAGAAGGCAUUUGUGGAUCUUACGAGGGACAUCUUUGAGCUGGUACGGAGCGGGGACAUCAAGAUCCAGGAUGGCUGGGAAGGCGUCAAGAGUGGAUUUGUUCCCAACACUGUCCAUUCCUCCGAGGAGGUUGCCAAGGGCAGCCGGCAGUGUUUGUGCUGAUUUACCCGUCUGCAGCAUGCCAUGUGACAGCUGGUAAAACUUCAGCAGACUCCGUCUGUAGGAGAUCUCUCUUAUCUCGGCCAGUUUUUUGGGACUCAGAUAUUUUCCUGCUCACUUUACUUCUAUAUAAGACAUUGUUUUAUCUGCUGGGUGGCUGCUUAUGGUUCCACACUGAAGACAUUUUGUUGAUAUUACUAACAGGCGUAAAAGCACAAGAAAUAUCCUAACCCCCUCACUGUUGUGUGUGCAUGUGUGACUUUAAUAUAAGUCACUUUGGCCUUUCCUGAUGUGUAAAGUUUAACUCCAGUGGCCAGUUAUGUUGUUGGCGCACAUCUCUUCAAGAGUACACAGUGCAGUCUUGUUAUUUUACAUCUGAAUCAGUGAGGCCAAGACUAAGCCUCUUCCUUUUCAUGCCUAAUAUUCCGAACAUAGUGAAUCUAAAGAGGGGUGAGGCAGAAAGAGAUCUUCACUGAUUGUACUGGACUACAAAUCUAAGUGGCUUAACACAUAAGUGGAGGGUGAUGAAAGUGAACGCGAACUGAACCAAAGUUUCAGAUACUGACUCUGUCCUGUUUGUUUCGUUAACUGUGACCUGCUGACGGCUGCUGCAGAAAGUUUGCACUGUGAACAUUUGUUUGCUGACAGGACUGUAGCUGCUACUGCUGAGAGCCAUUGUAACUUAGCUUGAUCAUAUGGAACCCAGGUCAUGUUUACUUUUGUUAACUGGUGAGAACAGUUCAAACAUCAAAGAGACUCCAAAGUGUUAAAUAUGAAAUAAAUACAAAAUAAAAAAUAAAUAAAAAGCUCGAAAUAAACUGACUAAAUUUUGUAAGAUAUAAAAAGUGAACCAACAGUAAAAUAAUUCAAGAAAUCAGUCGUUCAUAUUAUUUUCAUAACAGAAUUUAUUAGAGGUAUUUUUAUUUUUAAAUGUCUUUUUCAAAUGUGAGGGGCAGAUGAAAGUAUCACUGUCAUGAACAAUCUCUAUGAAAUAAAUGGCAGUAUUAUGAGAUGAAAACUUAAAACCCUUGGAAAAAGAUGAAAUAACAUUUAAUGAUCAUUUCUGAAACUAUUCACAAAAAUAUUAUUGUAUUCAUGUAGUAAUUUACUACUUAAUAAUGAGACAUUUUGGGUGAAAAUGAGUUAUAUCAAAUAAAAGAUGCCAGGGAA